AUGGCUCCCAUCCACUCUCCACCGCCGACACAGUUUGCGAAGCUCUCCUUCCCUGCUCCGGGUGUGGUGGUCGUCACGUUGUCACGACCUGAGAAGCUAAACUGCAUGUCUGCCGCAGAUGUCGUCGAAUUAACCAAGGUCUUCCGCUGGCUUGACGAUGAGCCUUCUCUUCUGGUGGCUGUACUUACUGGUGCUGGUGAGAAGGCGUUUUCUACCGGAGCAGACUUGAAGGAAUGGCAAGAGAAAGCAUCUGCCAGAGGUGCAAACCCCGGUGCAGGUCCCGGCGACGUACCUGGAGCAGUUCCGCUGUCCAACCGUGUUGGGAAAAAGCCAGUGAUCGCUGCCGUUAAUGGCAUGGCCCUAGGAGGGGGCUGCGAAAUGGUUGUGAACUGCGACCUAGUCAUUGCCGCCAAUACAGCUACGUUUGGCUUGGUGGAGGUCAAGCGAGGUGUUGCACCAUAUGCUGGUGUUCUUCCUCGGUUGAUCAGAACGCUGGGCCUCCAGCGGGCAAGCGAAAUGGCCUUGACGGGGAAUUACUUGACUGCUCAGAAAGCGAUGGAGUGGGGUUUGGUCAACAAGGUGGUUCCGCAACAAGAUGUGGUGAAGGAGGCGGUAAAAUAUGCGAAGGUCAUCGCGGAAAAUAGCCCUGACUCGGUUAUUUGUACAAGAGCUGGGCUGAGGCAGGGGUGGGAGACUGCAAGUGUCGUGGAAGCAACUGCUAUAACAAGAGGAAAAGAAUGGGCUGAAUUGCAGAAAGGUGAUAAUAUCCUCGAGGGCCUGAGGGCGUUCAAAGAGAAAAGGCCACCUGUGUGGUCACCCUCCAAGUUAUGA